AUGGCCCACCUAUCUUUGAAAAGCGUUGGGAACGUUUUCAAGAAGAAGGAUAAAGAGCUUGAAGCCAAGGAAGAGGAUGACGACCCGGAUGCCUCUGAGUUUGAAGAUGAUGAUGAGAAAAGACCAAAGCCGCAGAAGAGCAGAAGACCUAAAGAUACUCCUUUCACACAACAACGAAUAGCCUGUGUCAAUCCAGUGGUGACUCCUCGCGGAGUCAUCAGCUUCUACAUAUUUUUGGCCGCGAUAUUCGUCAUUUUCGGCGCAGUGCUCUUAAAAGUAGCGAUGAAGGUAGACCAGGUGCUCAUAUAUUACCACGACUGCUCGAUGUCAGCACCUACGAGUUCAUGGGGUAGCAUGUCAGAAGAUCAAUAUCGCUGGGAGUUCCACAAGAAUUUGACGUACAAUGAAGCGCCGCAGUGGCGCUAUAUACCUCCCACGAGCUCCGAUAUUGGCAAUGGUACUUGCCAGAUCAGGUUCACUACGCCACAUGACUUGCCCAAGUCUGUAUUUGUAAGCUACUGGGUCGAGAACUUUUACGGAAAUCACAGACGGUAUGUGUUGUCCUUCAGCGAGGAUCAAAUUAAUGGGAAGAAUACAUCUGUCUCGACAGUGAAGAACAACCCGGGUAUCAAUUGUAAGCCACUGACAACUAAUGCUGAAGGCAAACAAUACUAUCCAUGCGGGCUUAUUGCCAACUCUAUGUUCAAUGACACUUUUCCCAUGGAGCUUAUGGGCAUAGGUAACAUGCAGAACUACUCGUUAACUAACAAAGGAAUCGCAUGGUCCACAGACAAAAAUCGUUACAAGAAGACGGAAUUGGACUAUACACAAAUUGCACCCCCUCUAAAUUGGAUCAAGCAGUAUCCCAACGGCUACAAUUCAACUAACAUCCCUGAUAUAAACACUUGGGAAGAAUUUCAGAACUGGAUGAAGGCGCCUGCUUUUUCCACUUUCCAAAGACUGAUCCGUCGAAAUGACAACGACACCCUCCUUGCAGGCGAGUACCAGAUAGACAUUGGGCUCAACUGGCCUGUGAGGGAAUUUAGCGGUAAGAAAGGUGUUUUCCUCACGCAUGGGUCAAGUAUUGGAGGCAAGAACAAUUUUCUGGGGGUCGUUUACUUGGUUGGCGGCAUUAUCUGCUUUGCGAUGGCUUUACUCCUAUUAGUUGUAAGUUUGAUCACAGGUAGAAGUGUUGGCGAUCUCAAGUACCUGUCUUGGAACAGAGAGGCAAAUUAA